AGCGGACUACGAAUCCCAGGGGCCUGUGGGGCUGCCGGUUAGUUCCGGACAACGCCUGGUGUGUGGUAACACGGCGGACGCUUCCUUCUCGUAGGGCUUCCGGUACAGUGGAGAAGCCCCUCGGAGCUCUGUGGGCUUUGCGGGGCGGAGGGGAGCUGAGGGCAACUUUUCUCAAGUUCUUCAAAUAUUCCUGCACGACGAGGAGAAAGAAGAAACAUUUCAGUGAAUGAGGAGUCUUUUGCUUCUAUAGCAUUUUUCUUGAGAAGUGGGACUUUGAAUGAGGAUGACAAUGGAAGAGAUGAAGAAUGAAGCAGAGAGCACUUCUAUGGUUUCCAUGCCACUCUAUGCUGUUAUGUACCCUGUCUUUAAUGAGCUAGAAAGAGUAAAUCUAUCUGCAGCUCAGACACUGAGAGCAGCUUUUAUUAAGGCUGAAAAAGAAAAUCCGGGCCUCACACAGGACAUUAUUAUGAAAAUUCUGGAGAAAAAAAGUGUGGAUGUGAACUUUACAGAGUCUCUCCUACGUAUGGCAGCAGAUGAUGUAGAAGAGUAUAUGAUUGAAAGACCAGAACCAGAAUUCCAAGAUCUGAAUGAAAAGGCACGAGCACUUAAACAGAUUCUUAGUAAGAUUCCAGAUGAGAUCAAUGACAGAGUGAGGUUUCUUCAGACAAUCAAGGACAUCGCCAGUGCAAUAAAGGAACUUCUUGACACAGUAAACAAUGUCUUCAAGAAAUACCAAUACCAGAACCGGAGGGCACUUGAGCACCAAAAGAAAGAGUUUGUAAAAUACUCCAAAAGUUUCAGCGAUACUCUGAAAACCUAUUUUAAAGAUGGAAAGGCAAUAAAUGUGUUCAUUAGUGCCAACCGACUAAUUCAUCAAACCAACUUGAUACUCCAGACCUUCAAAACUGUGGCCUGAAAACUGUAUAUGUUGAGAGUUGUACUUUUCAAUGGUGGAUAGGGUACCUUUAUAUGUAAAUUUUAAAGUUUUGACUGUAUAAAUUAUCAGCCUCUCUUGAGGGGCCUAAUGCAGGAUUUUGAAUGGGAUUAUUGCCAUCUUACACCAUAUUUUUGUAAAACAUUGUAGCUUAAUCAUAAUCUCACGAUGAAGAUUUUGCAUCACUUUUUGCUAUUAUCAUUCUUUUCAGAAUUAUAAGCCAAAAGAAUUUACGCCUUAAUGUGUCAUUAUGUAACAUUCCUUAUAAGAAUUGUAAAUAUUUGGUGUUCUGUUUCUGACAUUUUAACUUGAAAGCGGAAAACUGCGAGAUGAUGUAUUUAACAAUAUUGGUGGCAAAUAUUCAAUAAAUAGUUUACAUCUAUUAGACUGUCUUUUUGUAUGUGAACAGAAAAGCAUAACUCAUCUGAGAGCUGCAGAGUGUUCAUUAAAUUGAAAAAUUGAAGCCAGUUGGCAGUCCAAAUCAGUACAAAAUAAGGGGUCUUCCUUACAAGGGAGGUUUUUGGCUGGGAUCGGACACUAGAUCAGAAUACCAGAAUAACUCUAUUAAAAUGUCUUUGACAAAGUAAUAAAGAACCUCAGAAGUGAGGUGUGUUUUGUUUUUUCAUAGAAACAAAAUCCAAACUUAAUCUUUUUGUUGAUGGUAAGUUAACGCUAUUCAUUACUAUUCUGUGGUUUCGAGGAGAUUACUCUUAACUUCACCCAUCACUGCAUAUAUUUACAUUUAAGUAUUGACAGGUUUUUUUUUUUUAUAUUGGGUACCCUUUUGGGAAGGAGCAGGAGAAAAAAAGUCUUCCAAAAGUGAUGUUAUUCUUAUGCCAUAAGGCAGCUUUUGCCAGGGGCUUGAGUCAUGUGGGGCCUGAAUUGAAAAACGUUGCUGUAUUGAUGAUAAAGAACUACUGAUUGACAGAGUGAAAUCUUGUCUGUGUGAUUUCAUGGGUGUGUUUGGCAAUUUCUAACAGUAUUGUGCAUUUCCCUUUGAAGUGCAUCUUCAUUUUGUUUUGAAAUACGUGAAGUCUUUAUGGAGUGAAUUCCUAGAUGAAGCAAUUUGUAAAGCUGCAGAAGCCUGUUGCAAGAGGAUCGCUGGACACUGAAGGAGCACAAUUACUGCAGGAUUAAUUUUUCAUCUAUGAAGAAAUAUGGUCAGGCUUUCUUCCACUGUAAUUUGGUGCAUUUUAGCUCAUCUGGGGUAACUGCUUUAAGCAGAGUACAUCAGGUGGGUCUUGGAAACUGUUUGCUUGUUUAAAUGAUCUAGAAAAGGAGAACAUUAGAUACCUGCUGUCCUUUAAAAUAGCCCUGCAUACUGGUAUGUGGAAGUGUUCUUUGAUUGAAGUACUGAUUAUAAUGAAAUAAUACAAAAGCGUGAGGAAGAGUAUUAAGUAAAAAUGAAUUCUGUGGAAUGUAUGUUAAUUUCAUGAUUGCAUAAAGCUGUAAGCAGGACAAGGUCCUUAAUCCUGCUGUGCAGGAUGGUUUUGUUUGAGACACUGUGUGCUUACUCGCAAGCUGAGCUCAGUAACAUGAUAAAACUGUUCUUUACAACUCAUUUAACAAGUAACAAGAGUUUCUAACUAUAGUGUGCUAAACUGGAUGGCAGAAGAGAGCAGUGAGGAAGGAGGCAGCCUGCCUCACUGAAUGUAGUGAUUGGAUUUGCAUCUUGGAAUUAAAAUGAAUGAUGUAAGCUUAAGUCUUUGUUCCAAAGGGCAUAAUGAGAAAUAAUUAGAUAAAAGGCAGGAAAAAGUCACAGCUUGUAGUGCUUGGUUUGAAAGUAGUGUUUGGUACUGGGGAAAACUGUACAGUGGCUGUAAGGAGAGACAUAUUAAGCUUGGUUUACUUUCUGUGAACUGGAACUAGUUAAUAAAACUGAGGGUUUUUAUUGUUUUGGAGUGAGGAACAGCUGGCAGUCUUAUCAGCUAAAUGAUGACACUGUUUAUGUACUUGUUCUGCAGGUACAGGUAAAAAUAUAUGCAUUUAUUAUGACUUGGAUCCCAAACGUGUCCUGCUAACUGACACCUUGACAUUAAAAUCAAAGAAGCUGUGAAAUGAGCAUUUGUCUUCAUCAGUUUGUCCUAAAACCUUUAUUGGGUAACGAUACCUGGUGUAGUGCUGCACUUCAGGUAUUGCAGUCAAAGCUCUGUUUUAUUUGUAAACUCUGUGUUGGUUUGGUUUUUAUUUUAACCUUUAAAGUAGUGUGAAGUUAUUCAUUGUCAUCCAUGCCUGGUAGUGGGAAAACCUGGAAACCAGGUCACUCUUCUAUCAUGUGCAAUGAAUGCAUAUCUGGUAGUUGUAAGAACUCAGCUUUAUCUUUCACCAGUUAGGGCGCAUCUGUCAGAAUUGCAUUGUGGUUUUGCACUUUAUCUUCAAGUUUCCCGAGCAGCUCAGAUAAGUUGCUUUCCUUAGGAUUUCCAAUACAGCAGCUGGUGUUGCAGAUUCCUGUCAGAAAAUUUAUAAUGUGAACGUGGGUUAUAAUUGAUACGAUACUGUUAACGUGCAGAAUAAAAUUUUGUAUAUUAAUGAUGUAAA